GAGUUGACAGCCUCUCCCUGAAUAGCUGAAGGGGAAGCUGCGCCGCCGGUCCCAAGCCGCCGCCAUGGCCCUUCUCCGAGGUGUGUUCAUCGUUGCUGCUAAGCGAACACCCUUUGGAGCUUAUGGAGGUCUUCUGAAAGACUUCACAGCUACAGACUUGACUGAAUUUGCUGCCAGGGCUGCCUUGUCUGCAGGCAAAGUACCACCUGAGACUAUUGACAGUGUUAUUGUAGGCAAUGUCAUGCAGAGUUCUUCAGAUGCUGCGUACUUAGCAAGGCAUGUUGGUUUGCGUGUGGGUGUCCCAAAGGAGACUCCAGCUCUUACUCUUAAUAGGCUCUGUGGCUCUGGUUUCCAGUCCAUUGUGAGUGGAUGUCAGGAAAUUGCUGUAAAAGAUGCUGAAGUUGUCUUGUGUGGAGGAACUGAAAGCAUGAGCCAGGCUCCCUACUGUGCCAGAAACGUGCGUUUUGGAACCAAGUUUGGAGCAGAUCUCAAGCUAGAAGAUACUCUAUGGGCAGGACUAACAGAUCAGCAUGUCCAGCUCCCCAUGGGAAUUACUGCAGAGAAUCUUGCUUCAAAACAUCAAAUAAGCAGAGAAGACUGUGACAAAUACGCCCUGCAGUCACAGCAAAGGUGGAAAGCUGCUAACGAUGCUGGCUACUUUAAUAGUGAGAUGGUGCCAAUUGAGGUGAAGACAAAGAAAGGAAAACAGACAAUGCAGGUAGAUGAGCAUGCUCGGCCCCAGACAACCCUGGAACAGUUAAAUAAACUCCCUCCGGUAUUCAAGAAAGAAGGAACUGUUACUGCAGGAAAUGCAUCGGGUGUAUCCGAUGGUGCUGGAGCUGUUAUCAUAGCCAGUGAAGAUGCUGUUAAAAAACAUAACUUCACACCACUGGCAAGGGUCGUGGGCUACUUUGUGUCUGGAUGUGAUCCCUCUAUCAUGGGUAUUGGUCCUGUCCCUGCUAUCAAUGGGGCACUGAAGAAAACAGGACUGAGUCUUAAGGACAUGGAUUUGGUAGAGGUGAAUGAAGCUUUUGCUCCCCAGUACUUGGCUGUUGAGAAGAGUUUGGGUCUUGACCCAAGUAAAACCAAUGUGAAUGGAGGAGCCAUUGCUUUGGGUCACCCAUUGGGAGGAUCUGGAUCAAGAAUUAUCGCACACCUGGUUCACGAAUUAAGGCGUCGAGGUGGAAAAUACGCUGUUGGAUCGGCUUGCAUUGGAGGUGGCCAAGGCAUCGCAGUCAUCAUUGAGAGAACAGCCUGAGAGCAUGGAGCCUGCCGUGGCCCACUCUUACUUCCCUUGGCCAGGCCACAGUGAACCAGUGACCUUGAGAGCAGCUGCAAAACUGGCCCUGCCCUGCCACUGAAAGUGAUUUUCACCAGGGGAUGGUGAGGCAAAGAUGCAUUUCUCGUGAUUAAGAGCCCAUGCCAGAAUAUGUUCUUUCAAAUUUAUACCAAAUGUGAUGUAUUUCCGAACUAAAAUCCAACUAUGCAAGGCCUUAAAAGGAACUGCAUCCUUGCCAAAUAGUCACCACUUAUGCCUUAGAUAAUACGACAGCAAGGAAAUUGAAUAAAUAUUGCCUUAAACUCA